GGCUCACACACAUCGUGCGACGACGGACCUUGCCAUCACCAAACUCCAAGACUCCGUUCAAUUGCUCAUCAAUCACUUUCGGGCUGGACACGCUGAACCUUCUUCUACCUCAGCGGUGCUCUCGUGUUCGUCUACGCCACCGCCACAAAGUGGCCUUUUGCCCACUCCACCGGUGGAUCAGAAAUUCAAGGCCAUGCCAUACGGCAUGUCGCAUAGCUCAAUUGGGCUCUCGCUCGACACGCCCAAGGCUUAAUUGGAGCCCCCUUUUUCUUUUGGGACUAUGCCACCGCUCCAUUAUACCCAACACACAACGGGCCCUCCUCCAGUGACUACUCCGGCUCCUACCCUGCCACCCGUUCCACAUGCUCAGUACACUCAUACCCCUGGCUGUUUUGACAACGAUGUCAUCCGCCACAUCAAGCCUAACGCUUCUACUUUUGAUGGUCGUGGGGAUCCUACGAUGUUUCUUGAUUGGGUUCAAGCCAUGGAAGAUUAUUUCGCCUGGUACGACUUGACAGAUGCUCAUAAACUUCGCAUUGGUAAGAUGACGCUACAGGGAGCCGCUAGAAAAUAUUGGAAUUCUGUGGAGGAGCAACUAUACCAAUUUGGACAGCCGCCUGUGACUCUAUGGGACGAGAUGAAAUUAAAGCUUCGCGAACAAUAUCUUCCCACCUUUUAUCGCCAUCAAUUAUAUGAACAAUUAUGGACCCUUUCACAAGGCAGUUCGACCGUUACUGAAUUCCACGCUCGUUUUAUCGAACACAAGAUACGUGCGGGGAUUCGUGAAGAACCCGACAUCACUAUGUCUCGCUUUAUCCAUGGUCUUCGUGACGAUAUCAAGUGUGAAGUCGGGCGGUUCCAUCCGCAUACUUUGGAAGAUGCAUAUUGUCAUGCAUUGGAAGCUAAGACAUAUUUGUCGCCACAACAUUCAGGAUAUUCUGGUCAACUUGCAAUCGCCAACCAAACUCUUCCCACUACGGAUAUGCAUACCGGGUUUUCAGGACCAUCUAAACCGCUUGCACCACCACCUAACAAAGGACUGGCUGUUUCUACUAAUGCUCGCAUUGAAUGUUUCCAUUGCCAUGCCAAAGGACAUAUUGCCUCUCGUUGUCCGCAGCGAACUUUAACUAUCAACACUCCCGCUAGUGAGCUUUGUGAGAUUGUGGAGCCUCUCGAAGGUGUCUAUGAUCCAGACAUUUAUGAUUGCUGACCCUCGUCCCCUAUUAUUCAUACUUGCAGUCGGCGUUGUUGUCAUUAAUUUACCUUUUGUGGUUGUUUACUCGUCGGAGUCGAGUUCUUUUCGCCGGAAGAGAAUGAUGCAGGACGCGUAGGACCUAAAUUUAUUAGUUUCCUAGAUUCUCUAAUUUUCCAAGUUCUAGUAGGAUUUCUACUUUUC